AUGGGUUCGGUGAAGAAGGUCAUGCACAAGACUUCUGGACAUGUUUUUGCCUUGAAAGCUGUGGACCAGAAGCUGGUUCUGGACCACAACCUUCAGCACCAAUUGAUUGCCGAAGUCGAGACGCAGAAAACACUUUCUCAUCCUAACCUUCUCAGGUGCUUCGACUACUUUACAGAGCGUGACACCGUGUACAUACUCCUGGAACUAGCUUCAGGGGGAGAUCUGUAUCAGCACUUGCGAAGACGUGGUCCGAUGAGAGAGCCUCAAGCUGCCCAUGUCUUCAGACAGGUCUGCGAGGGCGUCAGGCACCUACACGAUCAAGGGAUCAUCCACAGAGACCUGAAGCCGGAAAACAUCCUGCUGACCGAGGACAUGACCGUGAAAAUUGCUGACUUCGGAUGGGCGGCCAAGGCGGCGAGGAACGACACGCGCAAGACGUUUUGCGGCACGCUCUGCAUGCUUGCGCCAGAAAUGAUUGCUGGCAAAGAAUACGAUGCCAGAGUGGAUGUUUGGGCCGUUGGUGUGCUUCUUUUCGAGAUAUUGACGGGGUGUUCGCCGUUCGACAGAGGACAGGGCCUCAUGGAAACGUGCAAGGCCAUUGUGGGGCCUGGUCUUCACGCGGUGUCUUUGGACGAGGUCCCACCGCCAGUUCACCCGAUCCUCUUCGGACUCAUGCAACAGGAAGCCGAAAACAGAAUGUCGUUGGACGAGUGCCUGCAGAAUGACUGGGUUGUUGCGCAGUGCAAGCUCUAUGCAAAGGACGUCCUGGCCGCAGCAAGAAGCAAAGAGACCUUCAUUGCUCUCCACUCUUCGGAGAAAAGGAUGCCACCAGAAAUCGCUGAGAGCGCUGAUCCUCCGAAGGAGUUUUCGGCAUCACAGCCUUUAGAGAACUCGCGGCUGGCUGGAAGUCCAAAGUCGGAGAGCCGAGGCGGAAGCUCUCCCUUUAAGCAAAGUUCGACCUCCUCGACGGCUACACCAUCCAGUACAGCUGCUGCUGCCUUUGCUAUGACUGAUGCGGAGAUUAGUCCCGUGAGCCCGGGAGUUUUCCCACGAGGCUCUUCGGCCUCGCGAGGCCUGGAUGCUUGCUCAGCCAGUUCAAGCCGCAUCAUCAACGUGAAGGCAGUGGAGGAGGACACUCCCGUGUGGGAACGAGAGUCUGUCUCUUCAGUGGCAUCGCUGCGAAGCGAGGGCAAAUGGCGACUCGAGGAAGGCAAGGAGCUCCUGCGAAAGGUCGAGAUCGAGACGCCUCGUGCUCAACUCAAGACACCUCAGGUCGGUAGCCAGUCGGACCAGAUGCAUCCACCUGGGACACGCUUGGAUCUGAUACCUCCCAGGACUUGCGUCCUGGCCACGGCAGCCCUUCCCACAGAGGGUCCGGGACCUUUGCCAGCCCACGGCUUUCUUCCCGAAGUCGCUCAGAGUGAUGCCAGUGACAGCUCUGAUGAAAUGCCUGAGGGAGAAGUGGCUUUCGGAGCUGCUUUUGAUAGCUCUGGUAGUCCAAGCAGAAAGCGCUGGAGUCAGGAGAGGCUAAAAUCGCUUGACGAUCCUGUCAGUCCAGUGAAGCAUUCUGGCAGUGAAGCUUAUGACCGGCAGGCUGGAGGGUAUGACCGGCCUUUACCUCGAGUACUUCGCCCGGACCGAGGACCUGCCGCAAAAGCCGUGGCCAGGAGCUCUGCCAGUUCGCAUAGUUCCUCCGACGGACACUCCGGGUCACAACAAGGCUCCUCUGCCGCGCACUCGUCCACGUCGAAGGCUUCGAACGGGCUCGUCCGAAAGCUUACGGAGCAGCUCGGCUAUUCCUGGCAUCAGGCCAUAGAAGCUGCCAAGCGAACGAGCUCUGUGGAAGCGGCAGUUGAGUGGCUGGAAGAGAAAGAGGGUGCUAAUAACGCUACCCGCUGGGGCCAAAAUUGA